AUGCACAUCAAAUGGCAUCCUCUGAGGAAAUCCAGUUGCAUCAUCCCAAAUGGCUUUCAUGAAAACAGCUACUUGACACAGAUGUUGACCAAAAAAACCAUCCAAGGUAACUCCAUCUCUUGGGCCUCACAAUCUGUGGUCUUGGAUGAAAUCAUAGCACCUGGGGUAAUUCCACAAACAUGUUUCCCAACUCAUGGUUUUCUCCUGAAUAAAGGCCACAGAUGUAGAGCCCCAGGGAAUACUUUUACACAUGACUUCUGGGGACUCACAGGAGGCUUUGAUGAAAGGUCCUUGGCUGGCACUAGCUGCUUCUCUACUAUGAAGCACCGAGCACACAUGGAUGGAGACCUGAUGAUCACUGGAUUGUUCCCUCUCUACACUUUGGGAAUUGAUCGCAGUAAUAGCGAUUCUUCCUGGAAAGAAGACCACACACCGUUUGUCUUCAAGAACUAUCAGUUUGUUUUGGCCUUGGCUUUUGCUAUUGAGGAGAUCAACAAAAACCCUGAACUCUUACAUAACUUGACUCUGGGAUUUGAUGUCUAUGAUGUCCAAUUUGGAACGUGGAGAAUAUUUAAGAAUCCCUUCAUUUGGCUUUUUGGGAAGUACAAGAUUCCAAACUACUCUUGUCUGAGAGAAAACAGGUCUAGAGCAGUACUAACAGGACCAUUUGGAAUAACAUCUGCCCUCAUUGGGACAUUGCUGCAACUCUACAGAUUUCCACAGCUUACAUUUGGGCCUUUUGAUCAUUCCCUGAGUGACCAUCACAAGUUUCCUGCUCUCUAUCAGGUGGCCCCAAAGGACACAUCAAUAGCCACUGCCAUGGUGUCAUUACUGCUUCACUUCACCUGGAGCUGGGUUGGACUGUUCACUUCACAAGAUGAGAAUGGCUUGUGGAUGCUUCCUGAACUUAAAGAAGAAAUGGCCAAGAAUAGAGUUUGUGUAGCCUAUGAGCUACCAAUAUCAAGCAAAGGCACUGAACAUAUAAUCAGAAUUAUGGCCGUUUAUAAUGAGAUAAAUAAAUCUUCAGCAAAUGUCCUCAUCAUUUAUGGUGAUAAUGAAUCACUAUUAGAUUUAAUGCUGUUUGUUGAGCAAUUUUUAAUAAAAGGCAAAGUUUGUAUCAUGAACUCACAGUGGGAUUUAAAAACGAGGAGAUAUUUCAUGCUAGGCUCAUUCCCUGUACCUCUUAUUUUCUCACACCAUCAUGCAGAUGUUUCUGGAUUCACAGAUUUUGUCAAAGCAGUUCACCCUUCCAAAUACCCAGAAGACUAUUUUCUUGCAAAGCUGUGGUUUCUCUCUUAUAAUUGCUCAGAUGCUGACUCUGACUGUGUAUCAUGGGACAGUUGUCCUCGUGAUGCCUCCUUGGAUUGGUUGCCUAGGCACAUUUUUGACAUUACCAUGUCUAGAGACAGUUACAAUAUAUAUAAUGCUGUGUAUGCUGUGGCCCAGGCUCUCCAUGAGAUGCUUCUUCAUCAAACAGAAGUUCAAACAAUGGGAAAUAGAAAAAGGACAGUGCAUUCCCCUGUACAGCUGCACCCUUUUCUGAAAAACAUCCAAUUUUACAACCCUGCUGGAGACCAAGUGAUUUUGGAUGAGAAAAGGAAAUUGGAGCCAGAGUAUGACAUUCUGAACAUUUGGAAUUUUCCAGAAGGUCUUCAACUGGAGGUGAAAGUAGGAAACUUUUCUCCAUAUGCUCUCCAUGGUAAUCAACUGUCUUUAUCUGAAGAUAUGGUAGAGUGGGCCAUAGGAACUACAGAGACUCCUCACUCUGUCUGCAGUGAGAGUUGUGGUCCAGGAUUCAGGAAAUCUCCUCAGGAGGGAAAGGCUGCCUGUUGCUUUUCUUGUAACCCUUGCCAACAGAAUGAGAUCACUAAUGAGACAGAUAUGGGCCAGUGUGUGAAAUGUGCAGAUCAUCAGUAUGUCAACACACAGAGAAAUCAGUGCCUCCUGAGAGAUGCAAGUUUCCUGGCUUUUGGAGAUCCCUUGGGCAUGGCUCUGGCCUGCAUGGCUAUCUGCUUCUCUAUGCUAACUGUUGCUGUUCUUGGGAUAUUUGUGAAACACCAAGACACUGCCAUUGUCAAGGCCAAUAACCGGACUCUCAGCUACAUCUUGCUCAUCUCCCUCAUCUUCUGUUUCCUCUGUUCCUUGCUCUUUCUGGGCCAUCCCAACACAGUCACCUGCAUCCUGCAACAGGUCACAUUUGGAGUGGUGUUCACUGUAGCUGUUUCCACAGUACUAGCUAAAACAGUGACUGUGGUCCUGGCUUUCAAGGCCACUUCCCCAGGGAGAAAGAUGAGGUGGCUGCUGGUAUCAGGGGCGCCAAACCUCAUCAUUCCCAUCUGCACCCUGAUCCAGGUGACCCUCUGUGUACUCUGGUUGGGGACCUAUCCUCCCUUUGUGGACACAGAUGCGCAGUCUGAACAUGGCCACAUCAUCAUCCUGUGCAACAAGGGCUCUCUCACUGCCUUCUACUGUGUCCUGGGAUACCUGGGCUCUCUGGCCCUGGCCAGCUUCACUGUGGCUUUUCUGGCCAGGAACCUGCCUGACACCUUCAAUGAAGCCAAGUUCCUGACCUUCAGCAUGCUGGUGUUUUGCAGUGUGUGGGUCACCUUCCUGCCUGUCUACCACAGUGCCACAGGGAAGGUCAUGGUGGCUGUGGAGGUCUUCUCCAUCUUGGCCUCUGGUGCAGGACUCCUAGGCUGCAUAUUUGCACCAAAGUGUUACAACAUCUUGUUAGUGCCAAAUAAAAAUUCUCUGCAUUGUUUCAGUGAUAAAAAACCUAGUUUAGAUAUAUUCUAUCAAGCACUACAGAUUCAAUUCAUCAUUGAAAAUGACGUAAGGGAAGCCAUUAAGACAUCCUCUCUGCUCACAAACAUGAAGAGCAAUAACAAGGUUGAACUUAGCAAGAAGGAAUCAUCAGCAUCCACCCUUGACCACUGUUCCCAGAAUGUACUGAGAAAUAAGGAAGCCCUCGUGUACCCUAAGGUCACAAUUCAGCUUCCCCUCCUUGUCAGGUCCUUGGCUGGCACUAGCUGCUUCUCUACUAUGAAGCACCGAACACAUAUGGAUGGAGAUGUGAUGAUCGCUGGAUUUUUCCCACUCAACACUUUGGGAAUAGAUCACAGUAACAACCAUGAUUCCAGCCAAGAAGAUCAAAUGCCAUCAGUCCUUGGAACUAAGGACCUGGGCCCUGUUUCUGAACAGUUUUGA